AUGACCACGUCACAGGUGAAUCCCGAUGAAGAUGAUUCCAGUAGUGUGAUUCGAGGACGAGAAAUCAUCCCUGGGGCUGCUGAAGGAGAAUUGGUUGCAAGCAAAAUUGCACUGAGUUUCUGGGGUGGCGUAAAUGCUGAGAAUGGCAUUGUUAUUGACCAGCAUCACCCACUAGCGGGGCAGUCAAUAUCUGGCAAAAUUCUUGCAAUACCUAGCGGCCGUGGCUCAUGUACUGGCAGCGGGGUGGUUCUUGAGCUGCUGCUGAACGGCUGCCAACCAAGUGCGCUUAUAUUUGGGCGAGAUGAGUUGAUUCUGAGCAUGGGAGUGAUUGUCGCUGAAGAAAUGUUUCAAAAGAGCAUUCCUAUUUUGCAAGUAUCGGAAUCGCAGUUUGACACUGUCAUGCGAAUGCAAAGAGUGCGUAUUCGCGGAGGUCAAAUUCAGUCUAUAUCAGCCCACACUGCCUUGGCAAGCUCGCACACUCCCCUUGUGCUUAACAGACAGCUUUCAGUCCCACCAGUACAAUUGACAUCACUUGACCAAGAGAUGCUGGAUGGAAUUCAUGGAAAAGCUGCCCAGGUGGCAAUGCGUGUGAUUGUCCGGACAGCACAAAUUGAAGGCGUCACCGAGUUGAUUGACGUGAAGCAAGCUCAUAUCGAUUGUUGCAUCUACACUGGCCCAGGCACCUUGAAAUUUGCUGAGAAACUAUCUGAAUGGGGAGCGCGAGUCCGAAUCCCAACCUCUCUGAAUUCAAUAUCCAUCGAUCGACGACUCUGGCGUUCCCUAGGUGUUGGCCCAGAGGUUGGAGAGCCCUCUGAACAGCUUGCCCAGGCGUAUGUGAGAAUGAGUGCGCGUCCAACCUUCACAUGCGCGCCUUAUCUGCUUGAUACUGCUCCAAAAGCGGGAGAGAAUAUUAUAUGGGCUGAGUCAAAUGCUGUGGUCUUUGCAAACAGUGUGCUAGGAGCUAGAACUAUCAAGUGUCCGGACCUUCUGGACGUCUGUGUAUCACUGACUGGACGAUCUUUGAAUACUGGAUGCCAUAUCACUUCAAAUCGCAAAGCCCAAAUCCAUAUUCACUUGGAGCCUGUUCACUGCGCAGAUGAUACCCUAUUCCCGCUACUUGGAUACCUUACAGGGGAUACUGCUGCAAAUCGAAUCCCAAUUGUGACUGGAUUGGAAAAUUCACAUGCCACUAUUGAAGAUUUGAAAGCAUUCGGUGCAGCGUUUGCGACAACCUCCAGUGCUCCAAUGUUUCACAUUGCAGGCAUUACUUUCGAGGCGCGCAGUUCAGCCGACAUAAAUACACACUUAAAGGAGACGCCCAAGGUCACACUGACACGUGUUGACCUGAUGAGGCAGUGGUGCCAUUUCAAUGGUAUCUCACCGAGCAGUGAGACUAGCAACACAUAUUCCCAAGUGGACCUCAUAUCCCUAGGGAAUCCACAUUUCUCAUACGACGAAAUUGUGAAGCUUGUCCACCUCUGCGUGAAUAGUCGGAAAAACAAAGGAACUGCACUGAUUGUGACAUGUAAUCGAGACACAUAUGCACGAGCUGCCCAAGCUGGGAAUAUAUCUCCUCUGGAGGAAUUUGGCGUUCAGAUUCUCACAGACACGUGUUGGUGCAUGAUCCAGGAACCAAUAAUUCCUCCCAAUUCCCGCAUAAUAAUGACAAACUCCGCCAAGUAUGCGCACUACGGCAAGGGAAUGACGGGUCGUGAUAUUCGAUUUGGAGGUCUGUCACAGUGCGUGGAUGCUGCUAUAUCUGGGCAAAUGCUGGUGCGCCCACCUCCCUGGCUUCAACCCACACACAAAUAG